AUGGCGCACAACACCUCCCUCGAUGUGUCAUUUAUCGAAUGGGCGCCCGAUGAACUUCUUUCACAGCAGUGCAACAUCAGCGAGGACAAGGCGAAGCGCGUGUGCAAGCUGUUCGAUGAAGGAUACGAGGUGGCCUUUGUCGCGCGGUACAGGGUCGCGCAAACGGGCAACAUGACCACAGAUGAAGUUCGGCGAGCCCAUGAAAGUUACAAGGAUAUAAAAGUGCUCGAACAGAAGAUCGUAAAAGCGGCAAAUACGCUAUCUCAAAAGGUGGAGGGGCCCGAGUUGGUCGAUGCGUUGAAAGGAUUACAGCAGGCUCGCGACAAUGAGGACAUUUUGGUGAUUACCCAACAAUUUGCGGCCGAGAAACGGGUGACAAAAGCAGCAAAAGCAAGGGAGCUCGGACUCGCCGAAGCAGCACAAGCCAUUUUUCAAGGAAAAGCCGUUCGGGUGCGCGAAUUGAUCAAUGGAGCCGAAUUAAGCGAUCUGAAAACGGUUGAAACAUACCUGAAGCAUCUACUCGCCGAUCUCAUCAACAAACACCCGGAAACGCUCGCCAUGGUUCGAAAAAUCGGGCAAUUGGACACGCGGCUUUUCGUCAGUGUCGUUGGCGAGCUAUCGGCAAAGGCGAAAAAGCUGAAACCAGGCGAUCCUAAUCAUGAUCAAAUAAAACACUUUGAGCGGUAUAUAAAUUUCACGAGGAACGCGCACCAGGUCGAGAAUUGUCAGAUUCUGGCCCUGGAACGCGGCGCUGAGCGUGAGAUAGUCAGCUGGAAAGUGCAAAUCAAAGAUGCUGAACGAGAGCAUCCGUUGAAAAGACACCCGGUUCAUCCUAGCCAUCUACAAUUCUAUCAGACGUCAUUCGCUCAUGCCCUCGACCAAUCGUUCGUCCCGAAAUGCCAGCGUGCCAUUGCUAGAUUCCUCACCUCAAGAGCCGAACAAGCAGCCAUCGAAUGCUUUGCCCGAAAUCUUCGGCAGCUCUUCUCACAGCAACCACUCUCCGAUUUGCAUAUUAUUGCCCUAGACCCCGGUUACAAGACGUGCAAGAUGGCGUUUUUGAGCCCGUUGGGUGAGGUUCUCGGCCACCUAGAGUCGCGCUUUGGCGGCCAGCGUUUUUUCCCGGAGGGUCUUGCCCAUUUGAAGAAUUGGUGUAAAGAGGCUGGGUCUCGCUGUAUCUUUGCGGUGGGCGAUGGCACGGCUUCAAGAGAGACGCAAGUCGAACUCGGCCGGCUUUUCAAUGAGAAGGCGUUCGGGCCAGGCGAUUGGAAGUUUUGCGUCGUCUCAGAAAGCGGCGCCUCGAAAUAUAGCGUAACUCCACUGGCUGAAGCCGAAUUUCCGGAUCUGCCGCCGACGACGAGGAGUGCUAUCUCGCUUGGUCGCCGACUUUUGGACCCGAUGGGCGAGUAUGUGAAAAUCGAACCGCAACAUCUUGGGAUGGGAAUGUAUCAGCACUCAGUUCCGGAGAAGAAACUUUCAACAAAACUGACGGAAACGGUGCGUGAAGCCGUGUCGAUGCGCGGGGUUAACGUCAAUACAGCCUCCCUACAACUUUUACAACAAGUCUGCGGGCUGAACAAGACGACAGCCGCUGGGAUCAUAAAAAUGCGUGAAAUUGCGCCGAUCAAGCGCCGAGCGGAUUUGCAGAAAAUCAAGGGGCUAGGAGCCAAAUCGUAUGAACAGUGCGCCGGUUUCCUAAUCGUUCUGCCGCCCGAUCAAGCCGAAGCCGGGGAGCCGGCGAAAAAGCGCAAGAAAGUUGAGGCUACCUACGAGCCGUUAGACGCCACCAUUGUGCACCCCACUCAAUAUGAAGAGGCCAAACGAAUCCUUGAUAAAGCAGGGGUUGAACUUGAGCAGCGACAUCAACAGGAAGCUGUCAAGAAAUUGACUAAGCUAAAUCUCACCCCAGAUGAAUCUGUCGUUCGGGACCUACUAUUGGCCGAGGAAAAGCUCGUCCCAGCCCCGUUACUUCAGACCCAAAUCCGGAACAUUGGCUCGUUGAAAGUGGGCGAACGGCUGAGCGGACGGGUUCAAAAUACGACCGAUUUCGGCGUGUUUGUCGACAUUGGCGCCGAGAAGAGCGGGCUUCUCCAUCGAUCCAAGGCCGGGCAACAGGUUUUCGAGGUUGGUCAAGUCGUCAACGUGUGCAUCGACCAGACGGACGCGGCGCGGCAGCGGAUCGGGUUGAGAUUGGCU